AUGGAUUAUGGUUUAAUUAUGGCCGAAUUGUCAUCUGGGAAUCUUCCAUUUUAUAAUAGAAAACAUAACUUAACUUUAGCCUUAGAUCUAUGUAAUGAACUUCGUCCAGAAUUUGGAAAAGAAACUCCUGAAUUUUAUAAAAAAUUGGCUUAUAGGUGUAUGAAUGCUAAUCCAAAUCAAAGACCAACUACCGAAGAAUUGUGUGGUAUUUUAAAUUUUUAG